AUGGCCAAUGCUGGAGCAGCCUUUGGGUUGAAGGAUGUGCCGGAUUUGCCUGAAGCACCCACGGAACAGCCCAAGUACAACCGGGAUUACCAUCGUCUCUUCGUCAAAUUCAUGAGCUGGCUGCACAAGAGGACAUACACCAAGGCGGCUCGCUUCCAACCUAGUGCUUUGGCCGGCAUCCAACCACACCACGUUGCCGACUACUUGAAAUGGCGUGCGUAUGGUGCCACUGGAAUGGAACCUCCGGCAAUCAACCAAGUCGAUCCUGUGAACGAAGUGGUCAAGGAAGUCAGAAAGCGGAGACUCAACAACGCGGGAAGAAGUCCUGUGCCACCAGGGAUUUGA